UCUCUUUUAGGGAUGCAGCAUUACCUUAAAGAAAACAGAAGGAUACUGUUGAUUAUCUUAUUAACUAUUCAGGAUAUACAGGCGCAGGACCCCUGUUUAGAUGGAAACCACGGCGUUCCAUCUUCUCUGGAGAAGCGAAGCCCUCUAUACGUUAUGGAUUCGACGCCGAUCUGUGACAGGUACAUCGUGGAAAGCUGGUACGGGGCGAGAGGAUACAAUAUAUCUUUAUCUCCUCCCUCUCUUACAUAUUGUGGCACACUGUAUCCAGUCUGGUUAAACGAUCAGCCACCAAGUGAAGGACAAACUGAAUUGCUAUCUGUCUGUCAGGUUGGAUUUAGAGCUAACUGUGACAGAAGUUACAACAUUGAAGUGAAGAACUGUGGGGAGUUCCUCGUCUACAAAUUAAAGCCAGUGGAUUUAUGUAAUUCUGCAUAUUGUUUUGAAACGCCAACGGUUAUAACAUCUUCGGUUGCAAUCACAACUUUUAAUGCAGCAGCAAGUGUCAGUCACAUUGAUAUAUUUAAUGACCACUCUGGGGACAUGAAGCUAGAGAUGACAAGGGCGUUGGACGGAGACAACAUGACCUGCUUUCAGCUACCCCUACAGGAUGAACAAACCCCCUUCUUUCUGGUCAGGAUAUCUGUGAUUGAAACCUUUGGGAUUAAGGCUAUCCCAUAUGACAUUACCAUAACAGGAAACGGACUAUCAUGUGAUAGACAAUCCAUAGAGAGAAUGAGUCAGGCAAGAUUUUAUGCAUGA